AUGAAAAAGUCACCGAAAGAAGAAUUAGAAAAAAUUUAUACUAAUAUUAAUCAACCCACUAUACGAAAUGAUGCUGUUGCAUUGUCGUUAAAUCAAGAUGAUAUCGUGACACCCGAUAUUUCAAAAGUGCUUAUAAUAUAUACAGGCGGAACUAUAGGAAUGAAAAAUAACAAUAAACAUGGUUAUUUACCAGUAUAUACACUUGCAUCUAUGUCAAGAUUUCAUGAUCAUAAUUUUAAUAAACAUUUGCAUCGAUUAUCUAAAGAUCAAUCAGAUUUCACUGAAGAGGAUGAUGAUAAUCAAGUACUUAUGAAUAAAGUUUCUGUUACUGGAUCAACCGGACCUCGAAAUAUGUUUAGACAAUAUGAACCUUUAUUAGAUUCAUGUAAUAUUUCUAGCGAAGAUUGGGUACGUAUCGCCGUAGAUAUUGAACUAAAUUAUGAAGCAUAUGAUGCAUUUAUAAUUCUACAUGGAACGGAUACAAUGUCUUAUACUGCUAGUGCUCUCAGCUUUUUAUUAGAAAAUUUAGGUAAAACUGUAAUUCUAACUGGUUCACAGGUUCCAAUAUCGGAAGUUCGAAAUGAUGCAGUAGAAAAUUUGUUAGGAGCACUUACCAUUGCUGGGCAUUAUGUCAUACCUGAAGUUUGUUUAUUUUUUAAUAAUAAAUUAUUUCGAGGUAAUAGAUCAGUUAAGAUGAAUGCUCUUGAAUUUAAUGCUUUUGAUUCUCCGAAUUUGGUUCCAUUGGCGGUAGUUGGAAUAAAUAUUGAUGUAAAUUGGGCAGAAAUAGUUCGACCUUCAGCACUAAAGUUUAGAGCUCACAAAACUUUAAAUAGAAAUGUUAGUAGUUUAAGAUUAUUCCCUGGUAUCACGGAUUCUACCGUAAAAGCAUUAUUGGCUCCACCUAUAGAAGGUGUCAUAUUAGAAACUUAUGGAGCGGGUAAUGCUCCUGAUACUAGAGAUGAUCUUAUGAGAGUAUUGGCUGAAGCUUGUGGUCGAGGUGUUGUAAUAGUAAAUUGUUCUCAAUGUAAGAGGGGUAUGGUAACCGAACUUUAUGCUACUGGAAAAGCUUUAGCUAGAGUUGGAGCUGUUCCUGGAAAUGAUAUGACUCCUGAGAAUGAUACACGUUAUUCACCUAAAGUAGUAAGAGAACUAAUGACCAAAAAUCUUCGAGGUGAACUUACCGUUUUGGCUCCUAAACCUAGAUACUCAUUUCAUAAUCGUACUCAUAAAAUAAUUCAAAAUAUGAUUGGGAUAAUAGGAUCAGGAGAUAAUUCAGAUAUAACAGCAGCGGACAUAACAUCUGAUUCCGCAUUAAUGAUAAACAUUCAAGAAAAUAUAUUAUUAGAAAAAUCCAUUUAUCCAAUUUUAUUAUGCUCAGCUGCUGGAACUGAUGAUUUGGAAGGAAUGUUAUUAUUAUUUGAAACUUAUGAAGCGGGUCAUCAUAGAAUUGUUAAAUUCUUAUUACAAAAAGGUGCCUCAGUUCACAUGAGAGAUAUAUUUGGUCAUACUCCUUUAUUUGAAGCUGCAAGAAAUAAACAUAAAAAUGUUAUUAAAUUAUUACGUGAGACUGGUGAUGUAGAAUUACUUCAACAUUUUAUAACCGCUGGUAUGGAUAUAAAUCGUACCGGUUUUGAUCAUCGUACCGCACUUCAUCAUGCUGUAGCGGAGGGUAGAGUGAAUGUGGUAAAAUAUUUAUUAUCAUUACCCGAAAUUAAUUUUGAAACUAAAGAUCGUUGGAGUCGUAAACCUAUUGAUGAUGCAGAAAUGAAUUUAGGUAGAAUGUGGGGAAGGGAUAAUGAUCGAGAAAAAGAAUUAAGAGAAAUUGUUGGAUUGUUAAGAGAACGAGAAGAUUGUAAUUUUAUUAAUAAUUUUAAUAAAGAAGUCGGAUUAAAACCUGAACUCAAAAACUCAGCAGGACGAAUCGGUUUUUCAUACCAUUCGUUAUCUCCGCAAUAG